GGAGUCUCCGUUAUUUUGCAGGUACAGGCGUCCGGUUCCAGUCUCGGAAUUGUAACUCUCCCGCAGGACAUCAGAAAACCCCGAAACAAUACUGGUGAAUAUGUAUUUCUGCCACGCAUUGACUUGCGGCCCUCUGCCUCAACUAAUUACCCGUUCCAGUUCCAGGGAAAACAAUUCCCAAUCAAGCUUUGUUUUGCUAUGACAAUCAACAAAGCCCAGGGACAAACACUCACUCAAGUAAGGAUAUACCUUAGACGACCUUGCUUCUCUCAUGGACAAUUAUAUGUUGCCCUUUCUCGGGCCCGGAAUUCUAAACAUGUAAGGGUACUGACCAAGCCUACAACUGAAGAUCAGCAUGUAUACAGUGCAAAAAAUGUUAUUUCGUUUGAGAUCUUACUACGAUCAGGUGUUACACAGCAAUCUCCUUCAAGGAACAACUGAAACAGGAACUUCGGUCUGGUUAUCUUCACGAUGUCCCCUAUCAAAAUUUCAGCCAAUUUAAAAUUCCAAAUGAAGGAGAAUAUUUCAAUAAACUUAGUUCAUCUUAAAAUUUAACAAAAUGUUAUUGUUUCUUGAAACAAUCUAUUACUUCUUCUUCUGAAAAUGACAAGCAACUACUUCCUAAUUACUGUGUCUUUUGUUAAGAUUUCUAUAGUUCUUGGAGCAUGCCUAAAUGUGAAUUCUGAGUUAGAUGUGAAACUGACAGCACAGUUGUUAUGACAAUGAUCAUGUCAACAGGCUGUAACAGUAGAACACUGUGACCGAGUUCAUGUCAUCUCUGCAGCAAAACGACUUUGUAUUGCCAACUGCCGUGAGUUAUGUUUUACUUGGGAGUCAAUCAAAGACCUCUUAUUAUUGGUGAUAAUCAUAAACUACAGAGUUUAACCAUGAAGCCAGAACAAACUUCACUGGGGAAACUAACUCCAAGCACCAAAUCUUACAAAGUCAGAGCCAAAGUGAGAAAAAUCUCAGCCACAACAAUCACCAAACAAGAAGCGCUACCAACGCCUUGUAUUUGAGGAUACUGAGGUUAACCAUCUUGGAGGUACUCUUUUUGGUGAUGAAAUAGACACUUUCAAGGACGUCCUGCAACUAGGGAAAGAAUACGAGAUCGCAAAUGCUCCACUGAAACCAAUAGAUCCAAAGUACCAAAAAAGAGAAGAUGAGUGCCAGAUGACAUUCGGCGGACAAACGAUCAUCGAACCACUAGACCCAACUACAGGUCCAGUUCUGCCAAAUUAUGUCUCCAUCAACUCAAUUCCAAAAACAAGCUUCAAAAAUGAACGCUUUGAUUUGCUUGCUGUUGUCCUUUACAUAGAAGAGGUCAGGAAAGUACCAACAUCAGGAGGAAACAUGAUGGAUGUACGUGAAAUCAUAGUCACUGACCAAAGCACUGAACAGCCGCUCACCAUCUCAAUGUGGGGAGGCCUUGCUGUUAUUGACACUGAGAAGCUUGCAGGUUGGGUGUUAAGCCCAAUAGUUGCAGCCUUCACUCACUUACGACCAACCACAUAUAAAGGGUUCUCCCUUGCAAGCUCAAUGUCAACUACUAUCAUCUCAGAUCCUACGGGGGAGGAAGCACAUGCUCUUCGAACAUGGAUGAAAGAAAAACAAGAAAUGCUUCUUGACCAGGCAACAAAAAUACUGCACAUCAGAACACCAUCAAGAACAACAGCAGCGAAAACUAUCUAUGAAAUUGAGCAAAAAAAUGCUGCAAACACAAUGCAAGAAGAACGCCAUUGGAUACAAGCCACUAUCCCUGAUGCUCAGUUGGAAAAUCUGCUAGCUUACUUAGGAUGUAACAACUGUGGAAAGCGCUGCCAAGAAACAAAGGACGCAACUUUCAAAUGCCUACACUGCAAAAAAAAAAUAGUACUGCCGCAGUCAGGGUACCCAAUCGAAGUGAGUGACGCCACUGGGACACUAAGACUCACUGCUUUUGCUGAAGACUGUGAAAAGCUCAUUGGUCUCCCUACUUCAGAGAUAUAUGAGAAGAAAAUGGCGGGUGAUUGGCCAGAAUUUGAAGAUAUAGCUAGUAACCUAAAGGUGAGGACCAUCAAAUUCCAAAUAGCACCAACAACUUCUCUAACUAGAAUGGGGGUGCUCAAAUGGGCUAUCAAAGACGUUGAGAUUUGACGACACAUGAAAGUCCUACAACAAAAAACAAGAAGUAGUCGUUUGUCCUUAAACGACACCUUAUACUUAGCUACAUAUUUACAAUAAUUUAGUACUACCAUAUAAGAAUACUUACUGCAUAUCAUUAUAUCUAUCUAAGUACUCCGUACUAUUAGGAUUAAUCUUAAAUUAUGUGCCAUGUAAGAACUCUUUUAUUGAAAUCAAAUAAUAAAUGGCAAGUUAUAAGA